AUUUUUUCUGCUGGUGUUUCAAAGAGAAAAAGUGAGGCGAGAAGGACUUGUCGCAGCAGCUACCGGAGCUGUUCCUCUGCCGUAGCGGCGUAUCUCCCUGAUGUGUCUGCUGAGCAUGUGGAAGAUAAGCACGCAAAAAUCAGAAGAGCGGCUCCUGACCGGCUGCAAUUCGAUAAAGAGUGCUGCAUACCAUCACCCCUGCUGCAACAGCUUAGGCCUGUCGGCAUGGACACGGCGUGGCAAUCGGCUGAUUUUUAACCUGGCUGGGUGAAGCCGGGCUUGCAGGCUCUCUGAUUAAUUUGCGUGGGCUGAAGAAGACGGCUCACCUUCCUCCUGGAGAUCUCCAGCCACGUCAGAGAUGGGCAUGAUUACACCUCGCGUGCAGCGUGCGUCCUGGGGAACACCGUCAGAGAGACAAGAGCCUGAGAGAGUCUCCCUGGCCUGGCCGAGCAGCCCUCAGCAACACAGGAGGACUGGCAGGGGUGAGGGGAGCAGGAGCAAGAGCUAAGGUGCUUUCAUGCUGCCCACCAGCAAGCUGCCGGACCGGUCCCGCUACGGGCCCUUUGCAGAUCCCCCCCCACACCCGCGGCUGCCUUGGGGGCUGUGGUGGCUCCCGCGGGGCAUGCCUGCAGCGACGGCCGUCCUCCCCGGCCCGCAUCCCCGCUCCAAAUGGUUCCGCAGCGUAUCCGCAAGCGUGCGCUCGGCCCCAACCUGCACACAGCUGCGCGGCACCAAGCCCACGCUAACGCAUUGCCGUGCUCGGCUGGAUCAGGCUUACAAACUCUUUAAACAUUACCGUGAUGCGUUUACGAUAUUAGUCAAAGGACGGUUUUUGUAAACUGCCUUUGGGACUGUUUUUGUUACAUUCCCACGUGAGUUUAUCUUUCCGUCGUAACCUACUGGGGAGUUUCUCUGCUGUUUUGAUCUUGGGAUUGAGUUACGCAAUAUGCUGUAGGCUUUGAGAUUGCUCUCUGUGCCCGAACACGCUCGUGCGCUAGCUGAUUUUUCAGAGGAAGCAAUGCUGUAAGCCUAGACAGUGAGGUGAGGUAAAGCCCUCGCUCUGCCUGUACUGCCUGUAGUUUGGGUUAGCUAAGGCGCUUCAGCAGCAAUUGAUUUAAAGCUGCGGAAGAUGAUUCCCGUGACCGAGUUUCGGCAGUUCUCAGAGCAGCAGCCGGCCUUCAGGGUGCUGAAGCCCUGGUGGGACGUGUUCACCGACUACCUCUCCGUCGCCAUGCUGAUGAUCGGCGUGUUCGGGUGCACCUUACAGGUCAUGCAAGACAAGAUAAUAUGUCUUCCAAAGCGAAUACAGCCUUGCCAGAACCAAUCUAAUAGUUCAAAUGUGUUUCACACAAUCCCAGAUACAACCCCUCUCCCUUCCCCCAAGCCAUCCACUGCUCCAGCUACUGUUGAAAUGAAAGGACUGAAAACUGAUUUGGACCUUCAGCAGUACAGCUUUAUAAAUCAGGUGUGCUAUGAACGUGCCCUGCACUGGUAUGCCAAGUACUUCCCUUACCUUGUCCUUAUACACACACUGGUCUUCAUGCUGUGUAGUAACUUCUGGUUCAAGUUCCCUGGAUCGAGCUCCAAAAUUGAGCACUUCAUUUCAAUACUCGGGAAAUGUUUUGACUCUCCCUGGACAACAAGAGCCUUAUCAGAAGUGUCAGGGGAGGACUCUGAAGAGAAAGAUAACAGGAAGAACAAUGUGAGCAAGUCUAACACUAUCCAGGCAAGUGCUGAAGGCACUUUGGUCAAGACCCAGUCUUUAAAAUCGAUCCCUGAGAAGUUGGUUGUGGAUAAGGGAACACCUGGGGCGCUAGAUAAGAAAGAAGGUGAACAGGCCAAAGCACUGUUUGAAAAGGUGAAGAAAUUCAGACUGCAUGUCGAGGAAGGUGAUAUACUCUAUGUCAUGUAUGUUCGCCAGACUGUACUUAAGGUAAUUAAAUUCCUUAUCAUUAUUGCUUACAACACAGCACUUGUAUCGGAAGUUAAUUUUACAGUAGUCUGUAAUGUUGAUAUUGAAGACAUGACAGGAUAUAAGAAUUUUUGCUGUAAUCACACAAUGGCACAUCUGUUCUCUAAACUUUCCUACUGCUACCUGUGCUUUGUAAGCAUCUAUGGCCUCACAUGCCUUUAUACUUUAUACUGGUUGUUCUAUCGCUCACUAAAAGAAUAUUCUUUUGAAUAUGUUCGGCAAGAGACAGGAAUUGAUGAUAUCCCAGAUGUCAAGAAUGACUUUGCUUUUAUGCUUCAUAUGAUAGAUCAGUAUGAUCCUCUCUAUUCCAAGAGAUUUGCCGUCUUCCUGUCUGAAGUCAGUGAAAAUAAGCUGAAACAGCUGAACUUAAACAAUGAGUGGACUGCAGAUAAACUGAGACAGAGGCUACAGACGAACUCCCACAGCCAUUUGGAGCUACAGCUUUUCAUGCUCUCUGGGCUUCCAGACACAGUUUUUGAAAUUACUGAGCUGCAGUCUUUAAAACUUGAAAUAAUUAAUAACGUAAUGAUACCAGCAACCAUUGCACAGCUGGACAAUCUCCAAGAGCUGUCGUUGCACCAGUGCUCUGUGAAGAUCCACAGCGCCGCCUUGGCCUUUCUGAAAGAGAAUCUCAAGAUCUUAAGCGUCAAGUUUGAUGACAUCAGAGAACUGCCGCACUGGAUGUAUGGCCUCAGAAAUUUGGAAGAGCUCUAUUUAAUUGGCUCACUAAGUCAUGAUAUCUCCAAAAACAUUACACUGGAGUCUUUUCGGGAACUUAAAAGCCUUAAAAUUCUUUACAUUAAAAGUAAUUUGUCCAAAAUCCCACAAUCUGCAGUUGAUGUUUCAAGUCACCUGCAAAAACUGUGCAUCCAUAAUGAUGGCACUAAGUUAGUGAUGCUCAACAACCUGAAGAAGAUGGUCAACUUGACCGAGCUGGAAUUGGUUCACUGCGAUUUAGAGCGCAUACCUCAUGCGGUCUUCAGCCUUCUCAGUCUUCAGGAAUUGGAUUUAAAGGAAAACAACCUCAAAUCAAUUGAAGAAAUAGUAAGUUUCCAACAUCUGAGAAAACUGACAAUCCUAAAGCUGUGGUACAACAGCAUAACAUACAUCCCUGAGCACAUAAAGAAACUCACUAGCCUAGAACGGCUUUCCUUCAGCCAUAACAAAAUAGAGGUUCUUCCAUCCCACCUAUUCCUAUGCAACAAAAUCAGAUAUUUGGAUUUGUCUUACAAUGACAUUCGCUUUAUCCCACCGGAAAUAGGAGUUCUGCAAAGUUUACAAUAUUUUUCCAUCACUUGUAACAAAGUGGAGAGUGUGCCAGAUGAACUAUACUUUUGCAAAAAGCUUAAGACUCUGAAAAUUGGGAAAAAUAGCUUGUCAGUCCUUUCACCUAAAAUUGGUAAUUUGGUAUUCCUCUCCUACUUGGAUAUUAAAGGCAACCACUUUGAAAUUCUCCCGCCUGAACUUGGUGAAUGUAGAGCUCUGAAGCGAACUGGUUUCAUUGUAGAGGACACCUUGUUUGAAACAUUGCCUUCCGAUGUCAGGGAACAAAUGAAAGCUGAAUAACUAAUUUCCUCUCGCUCGGUUUUACAGAAAUACACUUCUACCAAAUAGGAUAUAGGAAGUGAAAUCUCUGAAUAUGCAUUUAGUGUUAUGUUUAUUUCUUUUUCUUUUUCAAACAAAUCCUGUCUGUACAAACAAAUUUGGAGUAAGGAGUACAUAUAUUUUUAAAUAAAAUUUUCUUGUAUUUUUUCACUGUUUUAAGAUAUUUUAAGUUUAUUUUGCCCUGAGAACAAGGGUGUCUGUAACUUAAUUUUUACCGACAACAGCAAAUGGUUUUAUCUGCUGAUUUUUUUUCCCUUUAACUAAUCCCCACAGGGGAACCACGAUUAAGCUGUGUGCUUUGGGUUGCAUGAUUUGUAAUAGGUGAAUUUAUUGUCUUCCUGGUUCUUGUUAAUCCCUUAGGAUGUGGUCUUUGAAGGGUGGUCCUGCACAUGCUGAAUGCCCCCAUCUCUUCUUCUUGUCAGCGGGAGCUCCAGGUGUUCAGCAUCUAACAGGAUCGAAUCUGGGCUGACCACCCUUUCAUUUCAGACGCGGCAUGCUCAGAUGGUCAGAGCAAGUAGGUUGUUUAUGUACCAGGGCUGGAGGUGUUUUAACGGGCUGAGGGAAGAGGCAGAAGCCCCCAGGGCCCCUUGGAGAGCUCUGCCGGCUCCGCGGUGUGCCCAGCGUGGAGCAGGCGGCCCCGACCACCGUUCCCGCGGGGCUGCCGGCGGCAGGAGGCCACAGCGCACAAAGGAGGCAGCGCCAAAACCGUUCACGUUGGAGAUUUGCAAAACGAUGCAAAGGGCUUCGGCUGCUCAUUUCCUCCUGACUUGAAUGGAAGGGUUGUAAAGGAGUCACUGUCUUGGAAGCGGCAACCCGGGGGGAUGAAAUGCUAUUUUCAAAAAUCCUCUGCCCAUCCUCCGUUAAAUGUCCAGUCCUACAGGGGAGCAAGUGCCCUCUGUCCCCUCAGUUCACUGCCCCACAAGGAUGCUUGGCACCUUGCAGGAAUGGGAUUCAAAAAAAGUGCAAUCAUGUUUAGUUCAUAAAAAUUCUGACACAGGAAUGAUACCAUUUUUAGCAGCUAAUGUGCUCCCUGACUGAGCUUUGUUAUCGUAUUACCAAGCUCAGCACAGGAACAUUUGCAGAUUUACAGAAGUGAGAUUAAAUUAAUGCAUUAACUUCUCAAAAGUCUCACCCUACCAGAGGACAGUGAUGAAGGCUAUGUUUUCAUCUCCCAGCUAAUAAUUAAAUCGGAAAUCAUACAGCGGGAAGCCUGCUUUUCAGAAUAAUGUAAUCAUCUGUAAUACUCUCUAAUGAUUAUGUAUCAGGUUAGGAAUUUUAUCCUCUGAAGCCAUGUUCAUUUCUUUAUUUAUCCAGCUGUUUGCUUCCUUUUGUGAAGGCUUAGCAGGUAUAGUGCAUCGUAAUUUGUGUGCUGCUCGCAAGCUGAUUUAAGCUAAUCAAAAAUAACCAUGUAAUAGUAAAUUAUUUUGCUGGGAGAAGAUCUCUUCAUCCUAUCCAACAUAUAGCACGUAUUUGAGUCAGAUGCAGGCACUGGAUAAAUGCUUUGCAAGGAUAGCUAGAAAUAAGUACUUCUUUCUGUAGGAGGUAAUGCUUUUUAUAAAUAGCAGAGGUUGGGUUGCUGAUUGUUUAAAGUUAUGUAAAAUAAUUGUUUGAUGAUUGUCAGGUUGGUUGCUAUUAAAUGUUCUCUAAUUGCUGUUGUGUGUCUUGAACUACAGUUAAUCUUAGUUCCUGAGCUUGGUACAAAAGUAUCUUGUUGCUUUAAGAGUCUGACUUACGAAGGUGGGGAGGCAAACUAGAGUAUUUCCUCGUUAGUCCAGGGUGUGCUAUGCAAUUUGGUAUGUGAGCUUGCCAGAGUACCGAAGUCAGACUUAUUUUUUGGGCUUGGCUAUGUUCUGGAGAAGAUCCAUAUGAUUAAUCAAAAAUGGAUCAGGCAUGAAAGAAUCAAAGCAAGCUUCUUUAAAGUAGUUUGGCUGAGUUCUGUAAAAGACCUACAGCUGAUGUAGCUAUUGCAAGAGCUACUCUUUAUUCAUAUAUGGAAUGCACUUAUUGGAACAGCUUGGCAGUAUAUGUAUUCUAAAUGUACUUCACUUUGAUGUAGUGUGAGGGAGAAAAAUGAUUCAUUGCUCAUAUUAACCUAAUUAUGUAAACCAAAGUGCUGUUGUUCCUGAUGAAUGUAAACUGCUUAAAAUGUCCAGGUAAUUGGUGGAGCUGUAUAGUUAUCUUAUUUAGAUUUGAAAUACGGGAUUACAUUUAAAGUUUUAAAAAAAUCUUUAUAUUCCUAGAUGUAUCAUUUUAAAUCCAUAAUUUAUUUUGUGUCUAAUGUUUCAUGUGUAGUUUGUGGUCUGUCUUCUGAAUGGAAACGAUGCGCACCUCGUAACUGCAGGCUGGAGAUUUGUGCCACGUCAUUUUGAUAAAUCCAUCGGUUAGGGGGUGCUGUGCUUGUCACAGGUUAUGCUGAUCCCAGUGCAACCCCUCGUGUGGGCACGGUGACAUGAGUACAAAGUGCCUUGUGCUGGUAUGUCCUUAUUCACCCGCUAGAUGAGGACGACUUAUACCGCUCUAAGCACUUUCCCACCCAUACCUGUAUCUUCUCCAAGGGUUUGGGCUGCUGAGUCGGUCUCACUGCGAGCUGCUGCCAGAGAGGGGCAGUUUCCUUCUCCUCCCGCCGGCUCCCCGGUCCCGGCUGCCCGCGCCAGCCGCCUCGCCUCCGCCUUCACCGGGCCAGCGCUUGGCCCAUCCCUCCGCAAGGCAGAUCAACCUCUUAAGCCAGGAGAAAGCUAAGCCAGCUAAAGAAAAGGGCCUGGUUUUGUGCUGGGCAAGAGCGGCGAGGGGCAGGGCUCUGCUGUGGGGGGCUCGGGCGAGGAGCGGGGCCGCCGCUCGGCCCCCUUGCCGAGCCGCUUGCUGGGGCAGCCGUGCCGUUCUUACCGUAGCAGGGCUGAGCGGCAUGGCUUUUGCGGGUAGGCAACCCUCAGGUUCACAGUGAAUGAUAAAAUAUCAAAUUGCUGUUAACUGUUCAAACUUACGAAACAAACUCAGGUAGCUGCACUGUUGACUUUUCUAAAUUUCUUACUGUCUAGUCUGUGGGGUGUAUUUUCAAAACCAUAUUACAGUAUUUUAGAAAUGCAUCAGCUAAGGAAAGAGUGUUUCCUCAUUCUGUAUGGGAUCCAGGAAAAUAUGUAAAAGUGCCAUAUUUACUCAGUGAUUCAUUUACUGCUCAUGUGUGUAUCCACAUGCAACGCAUACUAGAAGACUUUUCUGUGAACUGAAAUAUUGGACUUAGAAAGGAUGGACUUUUUGUGGAUAACACUUUAGGCAUGGUUUGUAUGAGUUUAUACAACUAGUUACAUGAAUCAGGUGCCUAACAACUAAUGUAAUUCCCACAUAUAAGCAAGGCUUGUUACUCAGAAAUAAUACAGAUCUUCCUUGGUAAUGGGAGCAAAGAUGACAAGGAGUGCCUCAAAAAUAAGAAGACGACCUUAAUAGUGCACUAAGCCCGAGAAGCAAAUCUACUUUGUGAUCAAAAUCCGAUGUGCAUCUCCCCCUUUGUCAAAAUUAGGAUGGAUAUUUGUGUUGACCUCUUGCAUCUAGCCAACCCAGCAACUCUCAGAAACGCUGAGUGGGAAGCGCCUGCUCCAAGUCUCCUAUCACAUUCCUGGCACGUCCACUAAUGCAUGUGUUUAAGCAGUGACAAGUCCUGUACGAAUGCCAAGGAAAAGCUUUGAAAUGUGACCAAAUGGACAAACAUCUUAAUUCCGUAGCAAGAAUCUUAAUUCUGUAGCAAGACUCUUAAUAUGAUAAUAGACCUGCCUAGUGUUACAUUGCAAUAGAGUGCACCCGGAAGAAAGUGAAAUAAAACGCUCUUUUGUAAUAAUGAA